GACUACGUUCACUGUGUUUGACAGCAUUGCUCAUGCGAAGUGCUUUGAGAUGUCUGAUGUCACAGACGCUGCAUCAAAUGUGAGGAUUGUUUUCGUUACCCACACUGAGCAAAUGGAGUCACAGGCCGGCCCGCUGCCGCUCCCCACGCUGGAUAGCAAGCUCGGGCCGCUCGAUGUGCAGUACAGGGCGGCGGCGGUGGCGGCGCCUCAGCAGCAGCCGCAGCACAAGAGGAUGAAGAAGCGCAAGGAGCUGAACGCGCUGAUCGGCCUGACCGCCGACGGCAAGAAGAAGAAGCCGAGCAGCUCCGGACACCAGCUCCUGCUCAGGCCCGAGGCCGCCGCGUCCGACUCCGAGUCCACCUCCGAGUACGACGAGUUCCCGCAGAGCGCCACCGGCUCCUCCUUCGUCAAGGGAGGUUUCAUGAAAUGUUGCAAGAUAUGCUACCCUCUGUGUGCGUUUGUGCUGUUGGUUGCUUGUGUGGUGGCCUGUAUUGGAUUGGUCUGGAUGCAAGUUGCCUUGAAAGAAGAUCUGGAUGCACUGAAAGAAAAGUUCAGAACGUUUGAUUCCAGCCAAAAGUCCUCAUUGAGCGGGGUGCCACGGCUAAAUGAGGAGGUGCUUUCGGUUCAGAAGGGUUUGGCCAACUUGGACACAGGCGAUCGAGGCAUUAACAAAAUCUGGAGCAACCUCACCGAGCUGAAUAAUCAGAUCAGUCAGCUCAACGCAGCAGUCGCCCAUCUAAAAGCCAACGUGAAAUCGGCAGCCGACUUGAUCAACCUUCCACUCACUGUGGAGGAACUGCAAAAGAGUGUGGCCACCAUCGGCAGUACCCUAACUAGCGUUCAGCAUGAUGUGGAUACCAUCCAGACCUCCUUAGAGAGUCAGAAGAAGAUCGUGGCGACUCUUCAGCAAAAUGAGGACAUUCUGUUCCUCCGUGAUGCAAUUGAGGAUGUGAACAGCAGCCUGGUGCAGUAUCACGCACACAACGAUCAAAGGCUUCGCCAAAUAGACCAUGCGGUCAGCAACCUGACCCAGCGAGUGAGUCUCCUGGGGGGCACUGUGCCCGGCCUCGGUAAUGCAACUAAAAUGGAGAUCAUCAACGGAACUGCGAUGGGCCACGGAAAUAGCUCUCAGGAGGUUAGCAGUACAGACCUAACCGAUUCAACCAAAAUAUCCACAUCUUCAGAGAACUCCGCCGAUCGCAAAGCGUCUGAACUGAGGCAGCGGUUACGGGUGAUGGUAAACGCCCUCACCAACAAACCAGACCACAUCGGCAGCCCCAACGCACUGAACACAUCAGAUGCAAAAAGUACAGCUCCUACCGUAAAGCCAUCUGUAACUCCGAGCGGGGCGGGUAAGAAGACAGACAGAAGGAGUGUGAAGUUAAAGCACGUGUCUCUGCCUGGGAUUACCACUUUACAGGCACUGCAGGCUCUGUUCCUCCAGUCUGCGGACGGCCAGCUGUCCUACCAAGACCUGCAGGCGGUGUUCGGCCCCCAGAUCCCCUCCCUAAACAGCCUCAAGCAGUUUGACAUUGACGGAAACGGACGAUUCUCACAGACUGAGCUGCUGGCUGCCGUGGGUCUGUAGGAUACCUGAUCCUUCACCGGGACCAGGAUCACAGCUGUUCCUCACAGCGAGCUCUCGAAGCUCCUACCUGUCAAUGCUACAGUUGCACCUUUUAAACAGUGUUUCACUAUCGUGUAAGAUUUUAUUUUGCUUCUAUGUCUGUACUUACAGAAUCAAUAUUUCUACUGUCUACUUUUGGGGGAGGGAGGGAGGGAGGAGGGGUUCUCUUCCCCCCCACUACCCCCCCAUCUUGUUUUUAUGGAUCAGUCGAAGUGAAGGAAUCAUUUAAGAUGAAGAUGCUUAAAAACCCGCUGUGUGUUUUUCUUUUCGCUCUCUCUCCUCAACCUCGUUCACCGCUUUUCAUUUACUUUUUUUUUAAUUGUUCUUCACUUUGACUCGGCUUAUUUCAGGGUCUUUGAAACCAAACUCAGACACCACGGUGCAUUUCCAUUGCUAACUGCCUUCUCGUGAGCGUCGGGGAGGGGUGGGUGGCGGUGGUGGGGGGGGGAAGGGAGAGAAAGAGGAGGGGUGAGAGGGCAAUAAACCCUAUCACUGUCUUGAAGCUUCUGUCUUGCUGCAAUCUUUAACCAUUCUAAUCCAGAGGAUUUUUUGGGUCACAUAUAGAGAGAGAGUGCAUUUGGGAGGGAAGGGAGGGGAAGAGAGAGAGAGAUUCUCGGUUAUUGUUAGUCCUACUCAUUAGGAUGUUUAACACUCACAAGCCACUGGUUGCUAAUAGAUUCCUGAGCGACCUCCCUGCUUUACCACGCUGGCUUUCCCUUGGGGAUGUUGUCCCUCGGAGCUGUCAGCUCUCCAGCACCUGUGAGAAUGUGAUCGCAAGCAGUGACCCGUCCCCUUGCUGUAUUGUGUGCACAGUGAAACGCGAUCACUUAAUGUGCGGCUCCAGGCAAGAAUAAUUACCGCCUGCCAUUUCCCUACAGUGGGGAAUUGAUGUGCGUUACGUGACGUUGCACUGCACACAUUCCCUCCUUGUUAUUAAAUAGAAACAACCAACUCUCCUCUCGUUCCCAGUAAAUCUUAUAUUUUUUUUAUUAGCUCAGGGUGUCUUGCGGGUCAGCCACUGAAGUCACUUUAGUUUGGUCAGAAAAAAAGUCUUGCCAUUCUGUUUGAUCUUGAGAAUUGGCUGCUCCAAGCAUUGGAGAGAGAGAGGGAAGGGUGGGGAGAGGGAGGUAGGGGUGGGAGAGAGAGAGAGGUGGGAGAGAGAGGAGUGAGGGUGCACCUUAUAUAUGUAGUUGGUGAGUUUCCCCUCGCACCCGUGUACUUAAUUUUAAACAGUGAUUCCCGUUUUUUAGUCUGAUCAGCACCUUUCUCCUCCCCUCCUCCGCCCCCCCCCCCCCCUCAAAAAAAGAAAACCUGCCUCUUAAACCGGCCUUUUAACAGGAAAGGGUUCCAGCUCGGGACAACUCGCAAUACUACAGUGGAGUGAGCCCAAUGUAAGUGUGAACCCAGAUGUGUGCAAAGGUUAAUAAUAUAAUAAAAGAAAAGCCUUCAAAUCAUGCCUCUUCCACUUUACACCACUAGGAAGUUCCUGGUGAUAAGCACUGAUGGGUCUGGUGGUGGUGGGAGUGCAGGAGAGAGAAGGAGAGGGCAGAGGGCUGUUGUCUAUGGACCAAUACAACUUGAGCUUAUAUAUAGACAGCUGGUCUCACAGCUCUGCACAGACAUGGGGUUGGGCGGUGAGGGAGGAGUGCAGAGGAGAAGAGAGAGAGAGAGGGAGGUUUGAAAACAAUUUAAUGGUAUGACAGGAUUGAUGGGGUGGGAUUGGGGGGAGUAAAGAUCAGCACUUCAGCUCAUCCCCCAAGUGGUGCCGUGUGUUUUCCUGUUAAUAGAAUCGAUUGAUUACCAAA